AAUAUUUGUUUGCUUCUGAUGAAACCUUGCUCCAGUUAGGUCAGUGGCAGUAAGAUUUCAUCCUUUUGCUUUUGUGAUUUUUAGAAAAAAUUGUUUACCACUCAUAAGUACAAAUGCAGCCUGAGAUUUUUGUGGGAAUGUGUUGUGAGGCACAUUGUCUUUCAGCACUGUUAUUCAUGGGAAGAUUGAAAAGUUUUGUGUGUGUAUGUGUGUAUUGCACUUGUACAUGCUUCAGUGGUCAUUAUUUCAAGAAGAGUUUAAAAAAAAAAGGUAUCAUCUCAAUCUCAGAAGCCCUGGCAGUUCAUGCUGGAGUGAUUGAGAAAGUUCUCAUCCCUAAAUGAUGUUUGUUCUUGUGAAACAGAAGCCCUAAAACAGAAGUGCUGGAACAGGUGAUGUGUCUAGUCCUCAAGCAUUACUCUUCCCAGCCAGCUGCAUUGGGACCAAUUGGCUUGACUCUCAUAAUGCACCAAACUGAGAACAGUAGCUGGAAAGAGCUUUGUGUUCUCUUUUGGAUUUAGCCGUGCCAGUUGAGUGAUGCAGCCAACACGAACGGUUGUCAUGUGUAAAACAGCUUUCGAUCACCGUGAAAACACCGCCUCAGGAAAGCGUCCAUGCUUGAUAUCGUUUGGUUCAUGAACAUUAAGUUUCCAGUACAGGUAAAAUCCCAGAUGAAGCCAAAGCCCUUUCUCUAUUGGCACCUGCUCCUGCUAUGACAAGUCUGAUGUCCGGUGCAGGGUUGCUUCCUAUACCUACACCAACCCCUUUGACUACACUUGGUGUAUCACUUGGCACUUUGGGGGCUAUACCAGCAGCAGCACUGGACCCUAACAUUACAACACUGGGAGAAAUACCACAGCCACCAAUUAUGGGGAAUGUGGACCCAUCCAAGAUUGAUGAAAUUAGAAGAACAGUCUACGUUGGAAACUUGAAUUCACAGACUACAACAGCAGAUCAGCUGCUUGAAUUUUUUAAGCAAGUUGGAGAAGUCAAAUUUGUGCGAAUGGCAGGUGAUGAGACACAACCAACACGAUUUGCUUUUGUGGAAUUUGCAGACCAAAAUUCUGUACCUCGAGCUCUUGCUUUUAAUGGAGUUAUGUUUGGAGACAGGCCACUGAAAAUAAAUCACUCCAAUAAUGCAAUAGUGAAGCCUCCUGAAAUGACACCACAAGCUGCUGCCAAGGAACUGGAAGAAGUGAUGAAGAGAGUAAGGGAAGCCCAAUCUUUUAUAUCUGCUGCUAUUGAGCCCGAGUCUGGAAAGAGCAGUGAAAGAAAAGGUGGUCGAUCUCGUUCCCAUUCUCGUUCAGAAUCCAGGUCUAGCUCAAAAUCCCAAUCUAGAAGGAAAAGAUCUCACUCAAAACACAGAAGUAGAUCUGGCAAUAGAUCACUCUCAAGACAUAAGGACAGACGCAGAUCCAGAAGUCCCCUGAAAAAGCGGUCUAGAUCUAGGGAAAGAUGGAGAUCAAGAAGUCGCUCUCAUUCUCGGGACAAGAAAAGAGACAAAGAAAAGGUCAAGGAAAAAGAAAAAACCAAAGAAAAGGAGAGAGACCAAGACAAAGAGAAGGAGAGAAACCGGGACAGAGACAAAGAAAAAGAAAGAGAGCGAGAUAAAGAUAAAAACAGGGAUAAGGACAAGGAGAAGGACCAGGAGAGAGAGAAAGAGCAGCAUAAAGAUCGAGAGAGAGUUAGAGACAAGGAUAGGGAUAGACACAGGGACAAAGACACGGAAAAGAACAAGGAGGAGAAGGAAGACAGAGAAGAGGUAGACCAGAAGAAGGAAAAAGAUGAUGUUAUGAAAGAGAGGGAGAAGGAUAGUGAGAAGAUUAAGGACAAGGAGAGAGAUAAGGACAGAGGGGAAAAAGAGGACAAAGAAAAGGAGAAAGAUGAGAAGAAAGAGAAGGAGCAAGAAAGAGAAAAAGAGAGAGAUGAUAAAAAAAAGAAAGAGAAGAGAUCCAGAACACCCCCAAGAAGCUAUAGCUCUUCAAGAAGAUCUUGUAGCUCCAGCAGAGGUGAUAGGAAAGAGUCGUCUUUGACAGAUAGAGAAAGGCGUAAAAGGAAGAGUAGAAGUCUCUCCACGUCUCCUAAAAUGACCAAAAAAAAGUCUUCACAAACUCCUUCUCCAAGAAGAAACAAAAAAGAGAAAAAAAGAGAAAGAGAUACAAAUAAUGAAAGAAGAGAAAGGGAAUACUUCAAGAAAAAAAUUAGUAAAGAAAAAGAGGGAAAAGAGAAAACUGACAAAAGCACCACUACUUUGAAGGACAAAGAUCACACUGAAGAGGAUCAGAAUUCAGAAACUGACAAGGAAGUAGUCAAUAGAGAUACAGAAAGGAUUGGUGAAAUCAAACUACAACAGAAUGGGAACUGUCAACCAAAUGAUGAAAACCUCACAAUUAAAAUGGAAGAGGUUUAAAGCAAAAAAUGGACCUCUGACUCAACUAAGGAAUGAAAGCUGAAGCUUUUUAUUUUCCAGAACAAGGAAGAAAAUAUCAAAGUAAUCAACCUGAACAUGGUGAUAGUACUAGUAGCUCUUCCAAUUCUACUGACAGCUUUGUCAAUUUCUUGCUGUAAAGCAAGAGAGCACAGUCCAGUAGUUAUACUCUGAAAAGGCAGAUGCCAUCAGAACUAUUCAUGUCUGAAAAUCUAUGGAUCUCCAUGAUGGCUGUACUUUCUUGUAAAAUGAUUUAUGUUAAGUUUUACCAUUUUCUGUUACAAAUAAGUAGAAACUGAAAGAUAUAAACCUGUACUAUCAAAAAAAAAAAGCUGAAUAUAUGCAUCAGAUUGUUUAAAGUUCUGCUUGUUCGUGAAUCAUGCAUUGCUUUACUUUUUGGGUUAAAAAUCCACAAAACCUUCAAUGUGUACUGUUUGAUGUGCUUCAUAAUGGUGCAUAAAUAUACACAUUUUCUUCUGUUAUAAAUGAAAAUUAUUUUAAAACAUAAACAUAAUUUUAUGGUU